CUUGUAUGAUCUGACUAGGUCAAUUUCCUGUCGUAUGCGAAUUGACAUAGUUGGUUUUUGUCACAUCUGUUCAAAACUUCCAACCUCUCCCCCCCGCCCCCACUUUGCUCUACGUAACCCUAAGCCACCCUCUCCCUCCCAAAUCUAGUGUUCUUAAACUUAACUUCUAUCGCUUUGCAUGCUGAAUUCCUAAUGUCAGUCCUCCCCUUUUUGUAGGGUAAUUUCUCUAGAAGUUAAUUUCUCGAUGUACAAAAACCUUUCUUUUGUUUUCUGUCAAAACCGACGUUUAGAAAACAAAACUAAAAGUGGGACUUUUAAUAGAAGUAGUCAUUAGAUUUUCCGAGGCUGGGUUUGUGUAUUGGGGUGGGGGGCUGCGGAGGGAGUGGACCACAGAGAUAGGGAGAAUGCUUUAGGGACCGGUUGCUGUGUCUGAGGUAUCAGGGACCUGUAAACUAUGUCAGGGAAUAGAAUAUUGGACUGGGACCCUCUGCUGUAAUGGAGUGAGGUGCCUGGAAAGGAUGGUGCUUUAAUUUGAACUGUCUCUGGUGACGUCUGUUGCUGAAAACGGAACAUGCUUUCAUAUAUUUGUUAGAACAGCCAGCAAGCACAUGAUGACCUCAGCCUCUGCUUUAAAAGUUACCUGCAAGAGCCCAGACACCCAGCUCACCGAGCGCAGUCCACUCUGGUCAGUCAGGAAAGACAGAAAAUAGAAAUUCUUUAGUUUUCGAUUUCCUUCUUCAAACAGUGCGCUGGUUUAUUGACAUGUCGCAGUUCGGUUACAGGAAAGAACUGCAAAAGUACGAGGACAUAGACGAGGAUGAAAUCCUUGCUUCUCUGACCUCUGAUGAGCUGAAGGAACUGGAGAAGGAGUUGGAGGAUUUGGAACCGGACAAAUUUGUACCCAUUGGGCUUCGGCAGAAAGACCAAACAGAUAAAACCCCGCAAGGAACGUUCAGCAGAGAGGCUUUGAUGGCGUACUGGGAGCACGAAACACAGAAAUUGUUAGAAAAUGAAAGACUUUCGGCCGAAUUGAACCAGACACAAAGUAAUGAAAUCGAGAAAGGAAACACUGAAGAUGACUGUGAAACUGAAAGUGAAGGUGGGCAAUCAGAGGUUGGAAUAGACAUAGAUGAAUGUACAUCAGAAGAAACAGAAGAGGAGGAUGAAGAUGAUGCAACUACAGAGGAAGAAAAAGAGGAGGACAUGAAUGAUGGCAAAUCUUUAGACAUCAGAUCAGUAAGCAUAAAUGGACAGGCUGGACCACACUCAUGUAAUGGGCACAUUAAUGAUCGAUCAUUGCAAAACAAUAUCAUGCAGUAUAACAAAAGCAAAUUGGCAGAAGAUGAUCCAAAUCUCAAAGCAACUGCUAGCUUACCAAGUGGAAAUGCAGCAUUAAUUGAUGACACUCUUGAAAGCAUUAAAAAUAAUGAUUCAGAGAAAACGGAAAUCAAUCUGAAUAAUAUUGAGAACAUAAGUAUUGCAACAUUCACACUCAUUGCAGAAGCUCUGAAAUACAAUACAGUUGUCAAAAUUUUGAGUCUGGCCAACACUCAUGCUGAUGACCAUGUGGCUUGUGCACUAGCUGACAUGUUGCAAGUUAACAGAAGCAUCACCAAUCUUAAUAUUGACUCAAACUAUAUCACAGGCAAAGGGAUCUUAGCUAUCAUUAGAGCCAUACAGUAUAACAAUGUAUUAGCAGAACUAAGAUUCCACAAUCAAAGGCAUAUAUGUGGAGGGCAGGUUGAAAUGGAAAUAGCCAAACUUCUUAAAGAUAAUGAAACGCUUAUGAAAUUAGGCUAUCAUUUUGAACUGCCAGGACCACGGAUGGCAAUGACUAGUAUCCUAACCAGAAACCUGGACAAACUGAGGCAAAAACGCCUCCAGGAGCAAAAGCAGCAGCAAGAAAUGGACAAAAUGCUUGGCAUUGUGGAGCCAACAAACCGAAGAACACUAGUCUUGCAGAGGGACUCACCAAGAUCCUCUCCACAUGCUUCUCCAAAGAGCUCACCCUGGUCGUCUCCUAAAGUGGUCAAAAAACUAAAUUUUCAGAAGUCUCCUGUUCCUCCUCCUCCACCACCACCUCCUCCUCCUCUUCCAGAGAAGCUUGUAAUUCCUCAGCCACCGCCACCUCCUCCCCUACCACUACAACCGACCCCAAGUAGAAAUAUAGCUGAAGCCAUUAAGCUUCAAGAAUUGUCCAAGAUGAAAUCACAGAAUGUCCACCAAAAUGCCAAAGUGAGGAAAAACAAAGGUAAAAGCAAGAAAAUGAAUAAAGAAGACCACAUUUUAAAGGAUCUCAAAAAAUCUUUAAGACCAAUUUCAGACCAAAGGUCAGAGACUGGGUCAAGGCCAGCAACUCCUCAGAGGACAUUCCAUGAUGAACUUAUGGAAGCUAUCCGAUCAAGCAGUAUAAAGCAGCUAAGACCAGUUGAAGUUCCAGAAUAUCUUCGAUGAAUUUAUCUUUUGUUUCUUCGUCAAGAAGGAAUAAUGCAAACAUAUUCAACAAUGGGCCCUGCAAACAUCAGAAUAAUUGCUGUUAUGAAAUGGACACCAGUUCUGUUCAGAAGCUCAGUGAAACAUUGUGUGCACUUUCAGACAUGCAAGUGCUGAGUAUUCUAGCGUGUGAAGUAGACAGUGAGUUCUUUCUUUAGCAUUAGUCAGUGGAUGCAAAGCGUCUUAAAUUAAAGAAUAACAGUCAUAGGAUACAUGUAUUUAUAUGUAAAUAUGUAAACAAAUGGAUUUUCUAUUUAAGUAGACAAUUUUCUGACACUGCUAAGGAAAAAUGUUUUGGAAAUUGAUUUAAAGAGUUAAACCAUGUAAACUACAUAGGUGACUUUUAGAUUUUAUAACUUUUAAUCCUGUUGUAUAGCUAGUUCAAGCUUCUGUUGACUGUAGAAUCAUUUUCUUUGAUGAACAAAAAAUACGUAAUUUAAAAUCCAUUUUCAUGCCUUUGAUAUUGUUAAACAGUAAUAAAGGUAACUCUGGCCAAUAACAA